UAGGGAAGGCCAUAGAGUCCUUAUAUUUUCACAGAUGGCACGGCUUCUUGAUAUCCUUAAGGAUUAUUUUAACAUUGAAUUUGGGUCCGAUACAUUUGAGAGAGUGGAUGGCUCUGUUUCUCUGGCUGAUUGCCAAGCAACAAUUGCACGUUUCAACCAAGACAAAAGUAAAUUUGUCUUCCUGCUAUCAACAUGCUCAUGUGGUCUGGAGAUCAAUUUAGCAACUGCUGACACUGUCAUUAUCUACGAUUCUGAUUUCAACCCACAUGCAGAUAUCCAAGCUAUGAAUUGGGCACAUCGAAUUGGACAAUCAAAGAGACGUUUGGUUUACCGGUUUGUUGUCCAUGCUAGUGUUGAAGAACGUAUCUUGCAGCUAGCAAAGAAGAAACUGAUGCUUGAUCAACUUUUUGUGAACAAGUCUGGAUCACAGAAGGAGGUGGAAGAUAUCCUACGAUGGGGAACCGAAGAACUUUUUAAUGAUCCUUCCAGUGUCAGUGGGAAAGACAUUGGUGAAAACUGCAGCAACAAGGAUGAAGCAGUUGCAGAUAUAGAACAUAAGCAUAAAAGGAGAACUGGUGGCCUGGGGGAUAUGUCCAAAGAUAAAUGUACAGAUGGCAGUGGCAAGAUUGUGUGGGAUGAAAGUGCAAUCCUGAAAUUGCUUGAUCGCUCAAAUCUCCAAUCUGGUUCUCCUGAUAAUGCUGAAGGAGAUUUAGAGAAUGAUAUGCUUGGCUCGGUAAAGUCGUUGGAAUGGAAUGAGGAACAAACUGAAGAACAAGGGGGAGCUGAAUCACCUCCUGUUGUUGCUGAUGAUCCCUGUGCACAAAGUUCCAAAAAGAAAGAGGAUAAUCCAGUUAAUGGUACUGAAGAAAGUGAAUGGGGCAGACUUUUGCGACUAAGCACACAAUGUCAGCCUCUGGUUCAGGAAGAGGAAGGAAGAGAAAAAAUGUUGCUGGUCACAGAUCUGAUCCUGGUUGGGAACACGGCAUUAAAGUGGAUGCUGCAAGCAAAAAGGUAAAAUGCAAGUACUGUAAUGUUACUCGUUCUGGAGGAAUAUAUAGAUUAAAACACCAUCUAGUAUGCACUCAUCAAAAUGUCGAACCAUGUCCCCAAGUUCCAGAAGAUGUUAGAGAAAAAUUUAUGAGUCUUUUAAGAACU